AUGGCGUUCCAACACCCCGAACUCCUCGUCCCCUCCAUUUUUGCCUUCUUCUGCGCCCUCUACCCCGCACCAUGGCAUAUCCGGAACCGCAACAUCGCCACUUUGGGUAUGAUCUUUUGGAUGACCGCUCUAAAUCUCGUGCACAUCAUCAACAGUAUCGCCUGGUCCGAUAAUGCCGACAUCAAAGCUCGACCAUGGUGCGAUAUCACCGUCCUGGUCAACAUCGGCUACAAUUACGGUCUCCCCCUCUCCCACUUCAUCCUCGCCAAGCAGCUCGAGAAUUGCACAUCCCUUCGCUCCGACUCUCCUCUAUACGAUCAGAACUCCAAGCGCCGACACCUCGUCUUUGACUUUUGCCUCGCCAUCUUUGGUCCGAUCGUCGGGUUCUUGGUCUCCCUCACGUGUAGGUUGACCCGCUUCAACAUCGUCGAGGGGUUCGGGCCCGUUCCGGGAGUGUACUGGGACACUUGGGGUGUGGUCUGGGUUGCUGUCGUCCCCAUCAUCAUCGCCUUCAUGUGCUUUGGCUAUACAUGCAAAGCAUGCUACAACAUCAUCCGUCGCCGGCAGCAGAUGCUCACCAUCCUCUCCAAGUCGGCCGGGAUGGACAGGUCACACUUCUGGCGACUCAUGAUUCUCGCCAACGCUGAGCUCGGUACCUGCAUGCUCCGAGCUGUCUUCAACAUGAUGAACGGUACCAACGGUCUUGACGAACUCAGCUGGAAGGACCAAUCCCGCUCUCUCUCCAACAUCGCCCAGAUCUUUGCGGCCGAUAUCAACUCGGACAGAAUGAUUGUCUACCGCUUGCAGUGGUAUACGGUCGUCGCCUGCAGCUUUGUCUUCUUCCUCUGCUUUGCCACUAGUUCCGAGACGAAGCGGUUCUACUGGGAUCUCAUGGCCAAGAUCUUCCCCUUUGUUCCCAAGUACCACGAGACGACAGAGGACCGCGCCGCCAAGGGCUCAUACGACACCAGCGGCGGCUACACCUCCUCCUCCAGUACCAACCCCCUCCGUACCCAAGACUCCACAGACAACAGGGACGACAAAGAGAUCUCCAUCUUUGAGCUCCUCGAGGGCCCGCCCGCUUCUCCUCAUCGAUCCAGCAGGCAGAACUCGGACACGCGGACGUACGAACAACCAAAGUACAGACUCGACUUCCACGAGGAGCCGGUCAAGAAGGAGUCGUCGAUGGCUUAA